CCCAAUCUUCUGGUCCUCGGAGUUCCUGUCAUCGGUCAGUUCUAUCACAUCAAUUUAGUCCUCUGCCCAUACAGUAAAGACAAAGAAACGAGAGCUUUAACGAUUUCUCCCAAAAUAACCCAUCAAAUUCCACCACCAUGGCCGCCGUCCCCUGACCUCACCUUUCGCGCAUGAAAACUUGGCUAAAGACCAUCACUUUCUGCAUUUCCCAAGCCUUUUCUUUUUGUUGCUUGUUUUGCUUCUUUCAUCUUCGGAACCAGCCUAGCAUGGGGCAGCAAAUGAGACCAGCCAAAAUGCUAAAAUUGCUUGAAUCAGGCCGAAGAAUUCCAGUCAUGGAUGGCUCAGAACAGCAAGAUGUUCAUGCUGCACUGAAUGAUGAGGAAGGGAAAGAUAGAAUCAGCAGUUUACCUGAUUGCAUUCUUCACUAUAUUCUCUCUUUUCUUCCUACCAAGGAGGCUGUAGCAACUGGCAUACUAGCAAGGCGGUGGAAGGAUCUUUGGACUGCUGUUCCAAUUCUGGACUUUGAUGAUUCUAAGCUCUACUCAAGCCAUGUGAACUAUUGGUAUCCAGCUGAGAUCACAAGAUUUAUGAAUUUUGUUGAGAGGGUGCUUCUACUUAGAGAUGUAUCAAACAUUGAAAGGUUCCGACUUUCAUGUCGUGUUUGUUUAGUAUCUCGUGUUCAUGCGUGGAUUUCAGCAGCUAUCAGACAUAAUGUUAAAGAGCUUGAUCUUUGUUUCUUUGUAGAUGAACCUUUUCUAUUGCCUCACCGUGUUUUUAACUGUGGAUCACUCUCAAUCUUAAAUGUAGAAAUGAACAGCAUCAUUCAGCUACCCAAUAGCAUCUCUUGUCCAGGCCUUAAAAUCUUGCACUUGGGUCUUGUCACAUUUCCUGAUGAUAUAUCAACUCAGAGGCUAUUUUUCCUCCUGCCCAGUGCUUGAAGAAUUGGCUAUCUUGGAUUGUGAUUGGAUUAAUAUGAGACAUAUUUCCAUCUCGAUUCCCUCACUAAGGAAAUUGAUAAUAGAUGAUUUGCCAACCUUUGAUUCUAGAGAUUACUGUUGGGGCUGUGAAAUUAAAAUUGAUGCUGGAAGCCUCAUAUUCUUUAAGUACAGUGGUUAUCUAAGUAAUGAUAUUCAUCUAAUUGAGGUUUCAUCUUCAGUCAAGGCAUUACUUCACAUUCCAAUGGUGCAAGAAGCGCAAAACCCACUAAUGUAUUCUCGCCUUAUCAAGCUCUUUCUUGAGCUGAAAAAUAUCAGUUCUUUGGGAAUCUCUGGUUGCACCAUUGAGUCCCUCUUUUUCCGUGAAAAGAUGCCAAAUGACCUCCCGGCAUUUCAGAAGUUGACUCGUUUAGAGUUGAGCAUGCAGCUUGGCGUACAUUCUGGUGGAGCAUUGAUGAAAUUUUUACUGCACUUGCCAAAUUUGGAGUCUCUUAAUAUUUCUAAGGCAACAUUGUGGCACCUUUAAAGUUCCAUCAUAAUGUUUUGCUGCAUAUACUGAGGAAAGCAUUUUUCUGUUAUUCAGGGACUUGAUCCUGCCAUGUACCUCACUGAAGAUGAUUGGACACCCAAAUCAGCAGCUAAAAGUUUCAUGUCUAGCCUCAAGACUGUGGUCCUCCGAUGUUUUCAUGGCAACAGUACUGAAGUUUGUCUGUUGGGAUACUUCCUGAAACAUGCAUCUUCCUUGGAGAGAAUGAUUGUGUUUUGUCACAAGAGCCCUUUAGAUGAUUCAAAAGAGCAGGAAGACAUGAAGAAUGAGUUGCAAUCACAUCCAAGAGUAUCAGAAUACUGUAUGAUCAUGUUUUUUUGAACUUCAUGCAGAUUUUGUUUCAAGAACUGGCACUCUUCUGCAAGUGUAGCUGUUGGAUCUCGAUGGAGUAUGAUAAAUAGUUUUGCAAUGGAGUCUGUGAUGGUGACCUUACAGAGCCUCAAAAGGCAAUUUCUGACAAAUUUUUAAGGAAGCUCUUAGUACGAGUGGUUUUAAAAUUUCUUUUGUUGGGGUUAAUUUUGGCAGCUGGUAUAUGUUAAGAUAGGGUUACUGUUGUGGAGAUCAUUUGAGGGUCUGGUUAUAGCAAAUAGAAAUUAGUGUGCACAGGUUUUACUGAUCAGUUGAGAUGCACAGUGGUCUACUCUUGAACUGUUUUUGGUUUACCGUAAAACAUGCAUAAAAGUGGUACACGUUCGAACCAUUGUCAAAAUUUACAGAAUAUGUAUUUUGGUGGAAAAGGUUUGUCGUUGGUAGCGAUUUGCCAAUA